UGUUCCACAUCGAGGCAACAGAGAAGGAAGAUACAAGUGUAGUUCAGUCAUCUCAUUUCAUCGCUGAAACCAGUUUGAAGAAACAACGUUGUCUGGGGAUAUUGGUUCGGGAUGGCGCUCCAGAUGUGGAUAUCUGGCCUGCUGGUCCUCGCCUCAAUGGUCUCCCCGGCUGAGGCGAUGAACGUGUACGACCCUCAGCUGUGUUACAUCCUGGAUGGCUUCCUCGGCAUUUAUGGCCUCAUCAUCACCGGCAUGUUUAUCAAAGAGAAGUUCUUCAAAUCGAAAGCGAAGAUGGAGGAGGAGGGCUUAUACAGUGAUCUGAAAGGUCAGGAUCCAGGUACUUACGAGCCACUGCGAACAGGAGACCCCGAGAGUGGACGAGGAAGAAACCGCAGGGUAGCUGAUGACGCCACGUACACGGGCCUGAACAAACGCACAGAUGGAGAAUAUAAGGAGCUUCCUCUGAAGCGUCCAAAAAAGAACGAACAGGUUUACCAGGGUCUGAGUUCGGCCACCAGGGACACCUACGACUCCCUUCAGAUGCAAUCGCUUCCACCUCGCUAAGAAGCAACCAACAAGCCGCCAAAGAGCCGCUGAUGAGCCCCGUCCAGACGCUCCAGAAAUUAUUCAUGGGAAUUUUCACACCAACUGAGAACAGCUUGAGAAUCUUUGUUUUACUUUGAAGAUAUAAAGGUUUGCCAAGUUUAUAAUGAGUCUGUAAAUGGACUGAAAAUUUUAGCCUUUUUCAGACUUUCUAUUUAACAAAACAUCUGGAAGGUCUGCUUUCCAUCAGACUUCAAAGUGCAUUUAAAAAUGGUCUUUUUAAUGACUUAAUGUCCAAUAUUUUACAAAUAUUUUUACACAUUCAAUAGUAAUCAACUGAGAUGCAACUUUUCAUUAUUUUUUUACAUUAGUUUUUUUGUAGUUUUAGAGCUUGACAUUUUGAAGUAUACUAGUACAUAAACAGUUAAUAUCUGGUGUCUAUCUGACUGUAAUGCAAAUUUAAGACCCAUAACGACAACAUAGUAAAAAACAGUACGACAUGUACUGGAAUUUAAAACAAAUUUAAAAUAUGAAAUACAUUUUUGUGCUUAGUUUUUCAUUCAAAUAUUCAUAUUAUGUUGUGUAGUACUAUGAAAUCUUUUUAUCUGCUUACAACUACAUUACAGUGAUUUAUAAAACAUUUAUUAACUAAUUACUAUACAGUUACUAGACAGUCAAAUAAUCCCAAUUUUUAUUUUUAUUCAUUUUACUUAUUGUUUUAUUUUUUUAUUUGUUUUUAUUUAUUUGUUUUUUACAUAAGGUUACCCUUUGCACAUUGUAUUAAAAACAAAUCAAAUUAGUUCCUAGUUCAAACAAUAAUUCACGAGAGUUUUCAAGAAUUCCAGGAUUCAGGAAUGUUCUGGAAAUCAGAGUUGCAACGAUUUAUCAUUUAAUUGAUUACCCGAUUAAAACAAUGUUGAAUUCUUUUACAUUUUUAACACAUUUUUAGAUUUUGGAUUAAUCAUCGGUGUUGUCGGAUGUAAUAACUGGUAUUAGAGGCUUGAACAUAUGACAUAUUCAACCUCUAUAAAUUUUCAUAUUCAGGUAAUAUAAAAUGCUUACAUGAUUAUUUCUGAAUCUAUAUUGAGUAUGAUAUGACCUGGUUCUCAGUAUAAAACUGUAAACAAACAAACUGCAGUUUGUACCUUGUUUACAUAUUGUUGUUUAAUUUGACACAGUCAUAUAUCAGGGUAUUUGUUGUGGAUUAAAAGCACAGUUUAAAGAUUUAAAAGGCUGAAACACUUUUAAAACUGAUCCAAAGUGCAUUUGUGAGAUAAAAUAAUGUAGAACUUACUUUAUGAUUUGAAAUGGAGAUUUGCUUCUUUUGAAAUGCUUUCAAAUGUGAUAAAGAUCCUUAAAAAUGGUUAAAUGCCAUUAACACCAAGUCUGUCUUAAAUAAUGAACAUCUGUAAAAUUUAAAGCUACACUAAUGUGGUGUGGAAGACAGAUGUUUCACAAUAUUCCUGAAAAGAGUUUGGUGCCGUUUCAGUGGACACUCGAGGAGUUAUUUUCCACUGAUGUAUAUAUUAGGUUGUAAAAUAAAAAGAUAUCAAAGAACUUCAGUCUGCACUUAGAUCAACACAGAAAAACUGUAGUUUUAUUUCUGCUUUUAUAUUUAUCAUCUAAAAAUGAUGAAGUCUUGAGUAACAUCUGGAGAAUCACAGCUGCAAAGGAAGAAAGACCUCAGGAUUGAAUCAAUCAAUGUUCAUUACACGAGUGAUGGCAAAAUAUGAAACGAUAUGAAAUAUGAAAAAAAUGUAAUAAUUUGAAGUAUGUAUUUUGAAAUGUUUCUUCAUUUGGUCUUGUUCACAAUAAAAGACAAAAAAAGCUUUCAAAAGAGCAAUAAAAACAGUAAAAUAAAUGAAACAAAAAUGUUUAAAAAAUGUUCAAAAGCUUAUUAUUAUCAUUAUUUACCGUUUCAAAUUUCUGCAAUAAUGAAUGGGCUUCCACACUUUUCAGGUCUAAGAUUUAGUUGUAAUUUUUAAAAGAGCACUGCAGCUUUAAGUUUCAAUAUUUUUUGCCUUGUCCUGUAUAGAGUUAUUUGUAGUUUUCUGUGUUCAUGUAUUUUAUCUGAUGUGUCAGAUAGUUUGCAUGGAAGUUUGUUUUUUUUCUAACGUUAUGUCUCUCUGAUAUUUUCCUGAGAAGUUGUACUGCAGUCAGUUAUUUUGUUCCUGUAUGAAUAUAUUUGCUUCAUUAUUAAAGUUUGCAAAACUCUGA